AAUUUGACUAAUCUCGUGGAUAGAUGGAUCAACCACCAUUUGAAGCAGAGGCUCAGGCACACAAGAGAGCUAGAGUCCAAAAAUUGACCCAGGAGACUGAACCGAAGCUUGAUAUGAGAGAGAAGACAGCUGAAGAUAGAGAACCCUCUCGAGCAUCUAACAAAUCCAGUGGUAAUCAAGAAAACUUGCAGCAUACGCAACCUUGCUCUGUCUCAAAUCAGGUGGCUAAGGUGAAACAGAGCGUUGUAGAUGCUUUAACUAGUAUCAGACGUUUCCGGGCAGAGCUCGACACAACGGAACAGAAGCUAGAAAUUUCAUUGCAGGAAAUCAACAACUUAGAGAGAGGAGAAGACAAUGGGAAUAAAACAACAACCUCAAGUAAACCCGGGGCAACCCUAGCAAAAGGUCUGCUAACAUCAGAGAAGCAAAGUACUCUUCCACUUCCAACAAAAGAUGGUCCUCCAAUAGAUAUUAAUCUCUCCUACAACAUUUACACAGCCUUGAGGAAGCUUCGUGCAGAUCUUGUUAGAGAAGCCCCUGAUGGUGUCAUGGCAUAUCAUAUAUUCAUCAAUUCAACGCUUCAGCAGAUAAGCAGACAAAUUCCGAGAACCAAAGAGGAACUCCUCCAAAUCAAUGGCCUUGGGCAGGCUAAAGUAACGACUCUAUUCUUCCUCGCCGUUGGUGUCUUUUACUUUCUCAAAAACACCGCCGCUAAGUACUUCGACAUCGGAGCCGCCGCCGCCGGAGGUUUCGACAGGGACUUCAUGGCGGUUGAUGCUGAGGAUUGCUCUGUCUGUGGGAAUUUUUCCACCAAGAAAUGCUCCCGCUGCAAAUCCGUUAGAUAUUGCUCAGCUGAGUGCCAAAGGUCAGACUGGAGCUCGGGUCAUCAAAGAAAGUGCAAAGAUUAUGGGAUUGCUACAUUAACACCAUCUGCAAAGAAUGGCUUAAGGUUCAGAGCUUCUCCGUUCGGGGAUAGUUCUGCGUCUAAUAUUGCACUAGUUUCCGAACGGGGCCAAAACAAGAGUAGUCUCAAGCCAAGAGAAGUUCUUUUCCCAUAUGAAGAAUUUGUUGAAUAUUUUAACUGGGACAAUCCAGAAUUGGCUCCAUGUGGGCUCAUGAAUUGUGGAAAUAGUUGUUUCGCCAAUGUGAUUCUACAAUGCCUUUCCUGGACACGUCCUCUUGUUGCAUAUCUGCUGGAGAAAGGUCACAAGAGAGAAUGUAUGCGCAACGAUUGGUGCUUCUUCUGUGAAUUUCAAACCCAUGUUGAGAGAGCUAGUCAAAGUCGGUUCCCUUUUUCACCAAUGAACAUUAUUUCACGGUUAACUAAUAUUGGUGGAACUCUUGGGUAUGGAAGACAGGAGGAUGCUCAUGAGUUCAUGAGGUAUGCGAUUGAUAUGAUGCAGUCUGUUUGCCUUGACGAAUUUGGUGGAGAAAAAAUAGUGCCUCAUCGUUCUCAAGAAACAACACUUAUUCAGUAUAUAUUUGGAGGUCUUCUCCAAUCACAGGUUCAGUGUACUGUUUGCAAUCAUGUUUCUGACCAAUAUGAAAAUAUGAUGGAUCUGAUCGUUGAGAUGCAUGGGGAUGCGGUGUCUUUGGAGGAAUGUCUUGAUCAAUUUACAGCCGAAGAGUGGCUUCAUGGAGAUAACAUGUACAAAUGUGAUAGGUGUAGUGACUAUGUAAAGGCAUGUAAGCGUCUUACGAUUCGGCGUGCUCCAAAUAUUCUUACUAUUGCCUUAAAAAGAUAUCAGGGAGGAAGAUACGGAAAACUGAACAAAAGAAUAAGUUUUCCUGCGACAUUGGAUCUUAAUCCUUACAUGAGUGAAGGCGGAGAUGGAUCAGAUGUAUAUAAACUCUAUGCAGUGAUUGUCCAUUUAGACAUGCUGAAUGCUUCAUUCUUCGGCCAUUACAUAUGCUACAUUAAGGACUUUUGCGGAAACUGGUAUAGAAUAGAUGAUUCCGAGAUAGAAAGUGUUGAAUUAGAAGAUGUUCUUUCUCAAAGAGCUUAUAUGCUCCUCUACAGCAGGAUUCAAGCUCGGUCGUCAUCAUCAUGUCUUAGAUCAGAAGUUCAAGACGAGAAGAAAACAGAAUCUUGCGUAAAAGAGUUAGUUGAGAGUUCAAUGGUAGGAACUAUUGAAAGCAGAAGCAGCACCCAUGCGACCAUUGAAGACCCUGAACGCGAGCAACCACCAUCAUCAUCAUCAUCACCAUCAUCAUCAUCACCAUCACCAUCACCAUCAGUACUGACCUCUGAAUGUUGUAGUGAGGUUGAAAGGGUUGAUACAUUGGAUUCUGAGUCAAACUCUUCAAUUGAUUACUCUGCAACAGAUCAUCAAGAGGAUGUAGCAAAUGGGAACAGAGAUGCAGAGGUAAAAUAUCAGGCUGUCGAUUGUUGUUGUUCAGACCCUACAACUUCAACUCCAUUGGUUUGUGCAAAAUCCAAACCUCCGGUGAGAGAUAUGGACACCAAGAUGAUCGACGCUCAAUGAUGUGGUAUGUUACAACAUUUGAAAAUCAACAGAGGUUUUAGCU